AUGACUUCAAUCAAGUUGCCAGAAUUUAGGAACACCUCGGUCGAGGAGAUUCCCUCAAUCGUCUCUCGACUACGGAAGACAUUCCUUUCCCAGAAAACUCGCCCUGCGGAGUUUCGCAUCAAGCAGCUUCGUAAGCUGUACUGGGCUAUCACAGACCAUGAAAACGAGAUUUUGGAAGCUCUAGCGAGAGACUUGCGGAAGAGCGCAUUCGAAUCCUUCACCGCAGAAAUCAACUGGACGCAAAACGAUAUUAUCUUCCAGACUCAGAACCUCGAGAAGUGGAUGAAAGAUGAGAAGCCUGCCGACAUCGCCUUCACAAAUAAGCUGCUCAGUCCUCGAAUCCGAAAAGAUCCUCUCGGCGUGGUACUCGUGAUUGGGGCGUUCAACUUCCCGUUCAAUUUGUCUUUCGGGCCCAUGAUAGGAGCCAUCGCUGCCGGCAACACAGUCGUGUUGAAACCAUCCGAACAAUGUCCUAAUUGCGCAGCCGUCAUGCAAAAGAUCAUGGAAUCGGCUCUCGACCUCGACUGCUAUGUUUGUGUACAGGGCGCCAUCCCUGAAACUUCAGCCUUGCUUGAGCAACGAUGGGACAAGAUUUUCUUUACGGGGUCGGAGCGAACAGCGAAGGUCGUUGCUCAGGCAGCUGCAAAGAAUCUUACCCCUGUGGCUCUCGAGCUCGGAGGCCGCAAUCCCGCCAUCGUUACGAAGAAGGCUGACAUGCGCCUGGCUGCACGACGUCUGCUGUGGUCGAAGACUAUGAAUGCUGGGCAAGUGUGUAUCAGCCAGAAUUGCAUCUUGGCUGACAAAGAUGUUGUGCCAACCCUGAUCAAAGAACUGGGGGCCGCGCUGGAGGAGUUCUUCCCUCAAGGUGCGAAGUCCAGUGCCGACUUCUCCAGGAUCGUCAAUGAGAGAUCAUUUGAUCGAAUCAAGACGAUGUUGGACAAUACAAAGGGCAGGAUCGUCCUGGGGGGCACCAUGGACCGCGCCAGCCUUUUCAUCGAGCCCACUGUCGUCUUGCUCUCCAACAAAGAUAAAGACGACUCUCUGCUCGUGGAGGAGUCUUUUGGACCAUUGAUACCCAUUCUACCCGUUGAGGACUUGGACCAGGCAAUAGCGCUUGCCAAUGAACUCCACGAGACUCCACUGGGCGUGUACGCGUUUGGGUCAAAAACUGAGACUGAUAAGAUCCUUACCGGCACAAGAUCUGGUGGUGCGAGCGUCAAUGAUGGUUUCUUCCAUGGUAUCAUACCGAACCUGCCCUUCGGGGGUGUCGGCGACUCCGGAACAGGAGCAUACCGUGGAAAAGCUUCAUUUGACUGCUUCACCCACCACCGCUCGAUAACAUAUACCCCGAGCUGGAUGGAAAGUUUACUGGCAGUAAGAUAUCCGCCUUUCGCUGGGACAGGCAAGCUGGAGCAGUUCAACAAGAUGGGACUUCUCAGGCCCGACUUCGAUCGAGCAGGUAACCGGAAAAUCGGACUCUUCUGGUACUUGAUCACACUGGGCUCUGGGUCUCUAUUGGGUGGAGCGGUCCGCGCAGUUCUGCUAGCUAGCCUCUCUGUUCUUGCGAAAGCGUACCAGGACGGAAAGAUAGCGUUACCGGUCAAGAGGUGA